CAAUAGAUCAUCGACCAUUUCGACAACCAUCCAUCAUUCAUAUCGAUGUGAAUUCACUCAUCUCGUAGAUUGAUUUCCAACUUAUACAACGACCAUGGACCCUCAAUCGCCACCAAAGCGCGUCACUAGAGCUCGCGCCGCAGCCAAAGAUACUGCACCCGAGCUCAAGACGACCAAAAUCGCAACUGCCUCAUCAAAAGCUAAAGUUACUCGGAGCGUAUCUACGACAAAACGCAAGACCAGAGCAGACGAUCAUCAUGAAGAAGAACAACAACAACCAGAACCCGAAGAAAUAAUCGAACCAAAAACCAAACCCAGCACACGCGGGAGACCGAAGAAGGUCGUCGAGCCAGCAGCUGAGAUGGACGAACCCCCAGUCAGAACCACUCGAGCGAAGAGGGCCGCAGUCGAAACACCUGCACCUGAAGCUACCAGAGCUACGCGAGGCCGGUCAAAGAAGAUAGAGGUGCAAGAGGAGGAGGCUGUCGUUGUCGAACAGCCUGCGAAACGAGCUCCCCGCACUCGAGCUGCAACUACUACAAAGGCCGCUCCCAAGAAGUCUGUGAAGUUCGACGAACCCGACAAGGAGAACAUUAUCCCUAUUGAGAUCAACGGGAAAGGCAAGGCAAAAGCUACCGAGCCUGCCACUGGCCUACGUGCGAAGCCCGUCCGGAAGCCUGCGGUUCCUGCUCGUACAACACGAGGGCGCGCCAAGUCUGUUGUGGAAGAGGAGAAAUCGUCUCCGCUCAGUCCAAAGAAGGCUACACAAGUUGGCAAGGCGAAAGAGACUGCCUCUGAUGAUGAGCUCGCUACGAAUGAAAAGACACCAAUGAGACCACUCAUGAAGAGCCCCAUAAAACCUCCAGGAAGUGCGUUUGGCACUGCAAAGAAGCUCGAUUUCUCCACCACCGUCACCGCUCACAAGGCCGUGAUGUCUUCUACUCAAGAUUUGAAGGGGUCUAUCGUCGCUAGCCCAGCUCGUCGCCCUCCUCAAUCUCCCUUCAAGGAAUCAUUAAAAGCUUCUCCUCAGAGAUCCAUGAUGGGUGGGUCUCUGCUUCAAUCUCCCUUCAAGCCAUCCCUUGCGGCACCAAGAGCAGCUCCAGCGAACUCUCCUUUCAAAGUCUCGCUCCUGCAGUCCCCUGCUAGACGACCACAGUCACCUACCAAGGUAACUGAGACUGGCUCACCUACUCGAUCUGGUAACAGUAAUUCCAUGUUCGCAACAACACCUAAGGCCAGCACUUUUAAGAUAUCAAGGUUUGCGACGCCUCGAACCGUUACGAAAAGUGCCAUCAAGACCGGUCAAAUGCUACCUCCAAGUGCGUUCAGAGAGACGCCUGCUGCAAGCUCAUUAGCAUCUUCCCUGUCCACAAAUGAAGCAUUAAGUGUAGAGCCAAGCCUAACCUUUUCUGGCCGCCUUUCAUCUAUCAUGCCACGGGAAGCCGACCCAGCAUUUACGAGAGAUGACUCUGUCCAAGACACGAUUGAAAAUGUCGAGGCGAUUUGUGAAACUGCACAGGUGGAUGAGCCUAUGAUGAUCGAUGAACCACAACACAUGGCUGAGGAAGAAAUUGACACCAUUGUCGUUGAUGAUCAGAUGGAUGAAACGACCACCACCCCACCAUCCUCUCCUCCUAGACAUAGUACUGGAUUUGCUGGAGCCUUCACUCUACGGGAAACAGACGAAAACCCGUUCCAUGACUCUGAUUCUGAGGACGAACUUGCCUCGAGUUCUCAUCAAUACUCACCUGGUCCUCUUACUGGCUUCAGAAGCUCGUCUCACGACUUUACUUCUUCGCCAUCCACCCCAACUCCAUUCUCUGUUCUCUCGAAGUCCAAGACACCGCAAACAGCCACUCAACGAGCUGAGCGAAGAGACAAGAUUGGAUUCACACCCCUUGCCAGACAAUUAAGCGACUGGAUGGCGGCUAGUCCCGCAAAAUCCGAAAGCAGUGCUUCAGAUAUAGAUCAGCUUUCAUACUCGACUACCUCUUUUGCCAAAGCAAUCGAGGCAGAUAUAGCUGCAAGUGCUCGACCAUCGCCAGCUAAAAGCACGUUCUUUGAGGACGAGAUGUCCGUUCGAGAUGAGCUAGUUGAUGCUCCAGACACUCCUCUAAUGGGAACUGAUAUGCUCACUGAGAACUUUGAGCCUGUCGAGGUCGAUGAAGAAGACAUGGCACUUGCACACGAAGCUGAUGAGAUGUCGCUACUGGAGCCUGAUCAGAUUGAAGCCCCAGAACCAGAGGAGAUGUUCACUGCUGCUGCUGUUGCCGACGCCGAGAACGUGGAGGACGAUCAUGACGAUAUUGUUGGUGAAGCUACUCCGUCAGAAGCGAGUCAAGAGUAUGGUGAUGAAAAUGCAAUUCCAAUCGACCCAGCAUUGCUCGCACUCGCUGAAGCUCCUCAGGCCUCAACGCCUCGAGCUUAUGCCACUCCAAAACGGGUUCUAUCCGAGAGAGUCUGCCACACAGUUUCCAAGGUUCCUCUCAAGCCAGCUGCUGACCAUACACCAAUGCGGCCUUCACCUGUGAAGCGGAGUGCCAGCAUUUCUCGACUACCCACGCAGAGACCAACAACCUUGUUGACACGAAAGAAUACCGUCAUUUCUUACUCCCCAACUAAGAGCACACCCCGAGCUCCAGCAGUUGAGCAGAAUCAAGAUGUUAUAAUGCAAGACACAUUUGCCACUCCGUCAAAAGCUGACGGUGUAGCAUGGUCGACUAUGGGUACACCUGCCCGGACACCAAGACGCGAUAUCAACAACGAGCUUCUCAAAGGUGCUGUUGUGUUCGUUGACGUUCACACAAGCGAAGGUGCUGAUGCGAGCGCGCUUUUCACGGAGCUAUUGACCCAAAUGGGCGCUCGCUGUGUGAAGUCAUGGAAUUGGAACGGUGAAGAUGGGAGCAAAGUUAGUAUCACACAUCUUGUUUUCAAGGACGGUGGAAAGAGAGCCCUUGAGAAAGCUAAAGAAACGAAUGGAGUUGUCUCAUGUGUUGGCGUAGGCUGGGUCUUAGACUGUGAACGCGAGAACAAAUGGUUGGAUGAAUCGGCCUAUGCGGUCGAUACAACCAUGGUUCCCAGAGGCGGCCAUCGACGACGUAAGAGUAUGGAGCCACGCGCCUUGGCUAAUCUGAAUGGAACACUCGUUCCUUCUUCAGCUAUGACUCCUGGCCGGAAUAUGUCACCAACAAAGGAAUUUCUCAACCUUGAUACUCCAGUCACCAGCAAGAGUCGAAGAAGAGAGUCGGUACAAUGGGUUCACUCUCCAUCUGGCUCGUCUCCCGAUGAGAAUGACCAGACAUUGAUACUGUCACCUGUCCCUGCCACUCCGGCACCAGAGACUAUCUCAGCUUAUGGCGAGGAAGGACUUUAUGGAGGGGAGACUCCGGGUGGUCAAACACCUUAUUUCCUCCAUAAAGAGCAAUUGGUACAGAAGACUGCCCCGGCUGGCAGACGAUUUGUUGAUAGUGAACAAAAUGAAGGUGAAAGCAGAAUGUCAAUGGGGACUGGGUUCCUGAGCGAGAAGAAGGAUGAGAGUGUGAUGAUGCGUCUGAUGGCAGCGAGGCGAAAGAGUUUGCAGUGGGCUCCCAAGGUGGGAAGCCCACUUGCGAGGGGCGAAUUAUUUUGAUUUGCUGGAGAAUCGUUAUGGGAUUCCGCAUACGAGGCGUUUUGUUCGGUUUUGACUUGGGUCUGGGAGAUGUGUUGGAGUAUUGUUCGCACUUAUGGUUGUGCUUUUAGUGCCGCUGUGUUUGUUCCUGCAAUUGAGAUUGGAAAUGAACAUAUUCAUAGCCAUCAGAGCUCAUUGCUAAUAUGCUACAUGUGUGAGAUCAUCGAGGCGUCCUUGAUGAUGCAUGUUGUACGAG